AUGUCGAUCCAAACUAGUGACCCAAAUGAAACAUCAGAUUUAAAGUCAUUAUCCUUGAUUGCUGCACACUCCCAUAUUACAGGUUUAGGUUUAGAUGAGAAUUUGCAACCACGUCCUACAUCUGAAGGUAUGGUCGGGCAGUUGCAAGCCCGUCGUGCUGCUGGUGUGAUACUAAAAAUGGUUCAGAAUGGAACCAUAGCAGGUAGGGCUGUCUUGGUGGCGGGCCCUCCUUCCACCGGUAAGACUGCCCUUGCCAUGGGUGUUUCUCAAUCUCUAGGAAAAGAUGUACCUUUCACUGCUAUUGCAGGUUCAGAAAUCUUUUCUCUAGAACUGAGUAAAACUGAAGCACUCACUCAAGCCUUUAGGAAAUCCAUUGGAAUCAAAAUCAAAGAAGAGACAGAAUUGAUUGAAGGUGAAGUUGUGGAAAUUCAAAUUGACAGAUCUAUUACAGGUGGUCACAAGCAAGGUAAACUGACUAUUAAGACUACCGAUAUGGAAACAAUCUAUGAACUAGGUAAUAAAAUGAUUGAUGGUCUAACUAAAGAAAAGGUACUAGCUGGCGAUGUUAUUUCUAUUGAUAAGGCCAGCGGGAAGAUUACCAAGCUAGGCAGAUCCUUUGCUAGAUCCAGAGACUACGAUGCCAUGGGUGCUGAUACCAGAUUUGUCCAAUGUCCGGAAGGGGAACUACAAAAGAGGAAAACAGUGGUUCACACGGUCUCCUUACAUGAGAUUGAUGUUAUCAAUUCAAGAACUCAAGGGUUUUUGGCAUUGUUCACUGGUGACACUGGUGAAAUUAGGUCAGAAGUAAGAGACCAAAUAAACACAAAAGUGGCAGAAUGGAAAGAAGAAGGCAAAGCUGAAAUAGUCCCUGGUGUAUUAUUCAUCGAUGAAGUUCAUAUGUUGGAUAUUGAAUGUUUUUCAUUCAUAAAUAGAGCUUUGGAAGAUGAGUUUGCUCCUAUUGUCAUGAUGGCUACGAACAGAGGAGUUUCCAAGACUAGAGGGACCACUUACAAAUCUCCACAUGGGUUGCCUCUCGAUCUUUUGGACAGAUCGAUCAUCAUCACAACUAGAAAUUAUAACGAACAGGAAAUAAAAACAAUUUUGUCUAUAAGGGCACAAGAGGAAGAGGUUGAAUUAUCGUCAGAUGCCUUGGAUCUAUUGACUAAAACUGGUGUGGAAACUAGUUUGCGGUAUAGCAGCAACCUGAUUUCCGUUGCUCAGCAAAUUGCUAUGAAAAGGAAAAGCAACACCGUCGAAGUAGAAGAUGUCAAAAGGGCUUAUUUGUUAUUUUUGGACAGCGCUAGAUCUGUGAAGUAUGUCCAGGAAAACGAGUCACAAUACAUUGAUGAUCAGGGCAACGUUCAAAUAUCUAGUGCUAAAUCAACUGAUCCUGAUGCCAUGGAUACUACCGAAUAA